AUGUCGCACUCAUUCGAGAACCUAUUCCCAGAACUCUAUCCCCUCAUUGCAUCUCAUAUCCCUCUGCAUGCGACCCCGCAGACCCUCCUUUCUCUUGCAAUCACCAAUCGCCACUUUUCAGAGUUCAUUCUGCCGCUUGUCCACCAAUGCCUGAUUCUGCGAGACGAGAACAGCAUCAUGAAAAUCCUUCACAAGAUAUCGGUGGACAGCGCGUUUUCGGUCAGAGUUCGGGAACUACACCUGAUUUGCAUGGGCAGUAUCAGCAAAAAGGUCGACGCAUUCGACACCAUCAAAGAACUGGAGAAGGUUGUUGCCGCCGGCGCACUCCCCAAUCUCCAUACUUUAGGUCUCCGUAGCUGUGAAUAUGAAUCCGAUCCCGAUGAUCACCCAAAUUUCUGGGCAAUUGUCAACGAACACUGUCGUCGGCUACGCAGGAUUCGCUUGAUAGACGUUUACGGAGUUGAAUACCUUCCUUCUAAAGAGCGUGACUUCCAUUGGCUUCGGUCUUCUGGUGUUUUCCAAAUUCCUGAUCUUUCGACCCUUUCUUUCCGUGUAGCCAACGCGAACCUUAAAGAUCAACAUUACACCAGCUUUUUAUCAACUUUGACACCGUGGACGCAUUCACUACAGACAUUGUCUUUGUCUCUCAGUCUCGAUAUCUGGUCAGUGAAUCAACCGUCGGAAGCUAUGGACUUCUGGACGCGCCAUCCGAACCUGGAGUCCUUAACUCUAUGCUGUGCAGACGGAGUAAAAUGCUUCGUGGACUCCAUUCCUCGAGAUUUUUUGCCACAUCUACGGCAUCUAAAGGCCAGUUACGUCGACGUGAGAGCGCUUGCUCCAGUCUUGCCCCAGCUCACCAGUCUCGCCGUACACGAUAGCAUAAACUCGCAAGUUCCGUACCUCCUUCGUUCUGUCAUUCCUGGAGGACUACCAGGACUCAAAAGCCUCUACUUCGUCCGAGGCCGUUGGGAUAAGAACGCGGUUGCUGAGGGUGCGUCGUGGUAUGAGACCCACGACGGCGCUUUCCACGAAAGUAAGGAGGAGAAGAAGAAGGAGAAGAAGAAGAAGAAGAAGAGCGAUAAAUCAGACAGAAAUAUUCUUCGGGACUACAUGCGUUCAAUUGCUCGGGGAGCCCCAAACAUAGAAGAGCUCGGCUUCGCACAUGUGGAGAGUCUCUCUGGCUUGGUCGAGAUAUCGGAUGUCUUUUCUGAUCUUCGCCGAUUAAAGAGGAUGUACUAUAGAAUGCACUUCGAGGACGGCGACAAUCCGAACGAAGCCACCAUCGCUCACGUACUCGCCUUAGCGAAAGAGUCCUUCAUCCCUUGCUUGGAAUCCGUGACAAAUCUCAACGAUGACAUCCCAUACACCGUGUCAAGAAUUCUCAGAGACGAGAAUGGAAAUCCCUGCGAAGUGGUUCUGGGUACUGGUGGAGGAAUGGAGGUUGGAAACGAGGACUCGGCCUUCCUUUUUUACUACCCAAACAACGUGACAUGUAGCAUAGACUAA